CACUUUGGAGAAGCCAUGUUCCACAACCAAAUAAGGUCGAGUUAUUCCAAUACCAUGGACAAUGUUAUACGAUUCCAAAACCAGGACUUCACUUCCUUGAGGGAUCACUGUUUAAGGAAUGGCAUGCUAUUUGAAGAUGACAUGUUUCCUGCGGAUGACAGUGCCAUAGGGCACAAACUCCUGAGGGAAAAAAAUCUUUCAAGCCCUAUAUGGUAUAGACCAAAGGAGUUGUCAGAGAUAGAAUCCCAUCACUUUAUUCUGGAUGGAAUCAGCAAGUUUGAUAUUCAACAAGGAUUAACAGUCCUUGAGAGUAGAUUCAUCUUUCUAUGUCUUUUGACAGGUGACUGCUGGUUUCUAGCAGCACUAGGAUCUUUAACUCAGAGACCCAAACUUCUAGCAAAGAUUAUACCACCAAACCAAAGCUUCAAACAAGGAUAUGCAGGGAUUUUCCAUUUCCAGUUCUGGCAAUGUGGACAGUGGGUGGAUGUGGUGGUUGAUGACCGUCUCCCUGUAAAACCAUAUGGGGGGGCUAACAGUAGAGUUGUGACACUAAAAAGAAGAGAGUACCUGUUUGUUCAUCCUCGUGGAGGGAACAAUGAAUUUUGGCCCUGUUUGCUUGAGAAGGCUUAUGCCAAGCUCCAUGGCUCCUACUCCAACUUGCAUUCAGGCAGUCUGGCUGACUCACUGGUGGAACUGACAGGAUGGAUAGUCACUGCAAUUGAUCUUAAGAAAGCCGAUCUCAAUAUGGUCCAGAAUUUGAAAGUGGCUGAGCAAUGUGGCUCAAUAAUAACAUGUGGGAUUGAAAACGGCUUGGAUGUAGAGCAGUUUGGACUAGUGAAUAAUCAUGCCUAUGCAGUGACAGGAACUGCAGAGGUUCAUUUGGGCACUGGCCGGGAAGAACUCAUUCGAUUGUGGAAUCCCUGGGGCUGGGGAUGUGAAGAAUGGCUAGGACGUUGGAGUGAUAAAUCAGAAGAAUGGUGGAAAAUCCAAGAUUCAGAGAGAACCAGACUUUAUUCGAAUAAAGCAGAUGGAGAAUUUUGGAUGUCCUUUCAAGAUUUCCAGAUGAAAUUUUCCCACAUUUAUAUUUGCUAUCAAGAGCCAAUGGAAUUGAACAAUGGAGACCUGACCAAUGGAACAUGGAUCCAAAUUCCAUGCAAAAUCCAAAAAAUCCAAGAAAAUAUCAAUCCAGGUGGUAGCUCUGGGAGCUUGCCAUUUAGGCUUCAUUACUCACCAGAAUCAGAGUGUUUCCUGCCUGUGAGCACACAUACACCCAGGAACACAGUAGACAGUGAUGAAUCUGAUGCAGUCAGUAUGCACUCCUGCUACAAUGAGCUCACUGGUCCAGGGAGCAGAUGUCGAGAUGCCCUCAGGAAUACAUGGCAGUGCCCCUUCUCUGUGACAGAGCCCAUGGAAGGUGUCAAUGUGGUAGUCUCCAUGAACAUCCAGCCUAACCAGAAUAUCAGCAUGAUGCCACUUUUUGAAAUAUACAAGGACCACAAACUACAGAAUCCUGCAUAUUUUAAGGUGUCACCACAAUCUGUCCAGAAAAAAAUAAUUAAAUCCAAAUGGAAUUACACAGAAAGUAUCCACCUGGUCCCUGGUAACUACAUAGUGGUCCCCAUAACCACUAAUGCAAGAGAGUUAAGGUUCUUCCUUCGAAUCUUCCUGAAACAGCCAGACAUCAACAAUGUCAACAGGAAUUUACAAGGAUGCUUCGAGUCCAUGAGAAUCAAGGAGAAUCUUCCAGGAAUCAUGUAUCAUGAGACAAUUUUCUACAGAUAUGCCCAGGGCCUAGACAUUGGUGCAUCACAGCUACAAAGUCUUCUCAACAAAGAACUCCUUAAAAGUAAUGCUUCUGAAAACCGAGAGAGAAAGUUCACUUUUGAUGAGUGCCGGAGUAUUUUGGCUCUGAUGGAUGUCAAGGUCAAUGGACGUCUUGAUCUAGAAGAAUUUGAGCAGCUAUGGAAGAAGCUCAUUCGAUGUCAGAGCAUUUUCCAGAAAGUAGAGAAGAAUGCCUCUGGAUUCCUCCUGGGUUCAGAUCUGUGGAAAGUGAUACAAGAAGCAGGAUUAUUCCUAGAUACUUCCAAUAACAGUGAGCUGCUAGACCUCAUGGCCAUUAGGUAUGGAGAUGGAACUGGAAAAAUAUAUUUCUCAGACCUGGUCUGUUUGCUCAUCCGCCUUGAAAUUGUGUCAAAGGCUUUUCAUAACCUUGCAAGGGAUGGGAGAAUCUACUUGACCAAAACUGAGUGGCUCAAGUUUAACAUGUAUUGCUAAGACAUUCAUUGAACAGGCCUUACAGAGAAGACAACAUUGGAAACUUUGUCAAUAUGUCUACCACCUUUCAUCUCUGGAAUUUCGGCCCUGAAGACCCUGAUAAUCUGACUGGACAUUGUUUAUCCUGAGCAACUAUUUCAAGAAGGCCUCAACCAUGUUUCACUUCAAUUCCUUCUCUCCAAGCCUAUUCUCAACAGAAUUACCAACUACCUUGUAGCCCUGGGUACCCUUUUCAACCCAUCACCUCCAGUCUGUAACCAUAAUCAGACCACCUCUACCUUCAUUCCUGAAGAGAUGUAUCAGCCUAUUCCACUAUGCCCCCAAUCGACAUCCCAAUAAAUUUCCUAACCAAAGAGUGCCUUCUCAGUCUCUGCACCCCUAUACAUGAUGUUGCUACCUAUUAGAAUGUAAGCUUCAGAUAAGGGCUUGUUUUUUCUUUUGUAUUUGUACCCCUAAAAUCUAGCACAUUUUUAAUA